AAAACAAAGAGCUCUCUUCAAUAGAACUUCAAUUUUAGAACACCACCAGAGCUCAAACCUAUAAUUAUGAAUUUUCCGCAAAUUGUGUUGGGCAUUGCAUUUAUUAUCGUUUCUGUUGUGGAAAAGAUCUCGGCCGACGAUGCGGACGACUUGCGCCACGCCAUCUGCCUAAAAGAAUCCGAGAUAGGUGAGGAUGAAAUCGAUGACCUAAUGGACUCGCUGUACGAUGAUGCAACUGCUGUGGAUGAGCGCUUCAAAUGCUAUGCCCAUUGUAUGCUGGAGCGUUGGGGUCAUUUCGGUGAGGAUGGUAAAUUGGAUGUGGAGACUUUCAAUGAUCAAAAUAUGACCGAUCAAGAUAUGGCAGCAGUGGAAAAAUGUAAAUCGGAAAAGGAUAAUAUUGAGGAUAAAUGUGAAUAUGCCUUCGAAGUGACUGCCUGUUUUAUGGAGGCGUUUACAAGUAGUUUGGUUGAAGAUGAGUGAAUAAAAAAAUUGUGGGAGGAAUUUGGA